UUAUUUAUUUAUUUAUUUAUUUAUGUAUGUAUGUAUUCAAUUAAUCAAUUAGGUUAAAUAGUAAUAUAACCACUAUUUAUAUAGUUAAAAAUUAAGAAUGAAAUUUGAUAUUGCGGCUAUAAGAGAUAAACGGGGUUAUUUCCGAAUGGAGAUAUUUCCUCACUCAGCCAUGUCAAAAACAGAAAGUAAAAAAUAUGAGAAAUUCAAAAUUGAUAGUUAUCUUACUUCUUUAGAGACAUUGGAUUGUAUUAACUACUAUAGAUAGUAUCAAAUCUGAUACAUAAUAGGAAACAUAUCAUAAGUGAGAUCUUCAGACGUCAGAUCUGCUUAAUCAAAACAAAUUGGACCAAAAAAACUGUGGCGAAGUUACCUUCAAAUAUACCCUAGAAAUUAACCAUUAUUAAUUAUGAUGCUUGAUGAUCCAAAGAAUAAAAAGAGAAAUAGGCUAUCGUUGAGUUGUAACUACUGUAAGAGGAGGAAAGUGAAAUGUGAUAGAGGUAGACCAUGUUCAAGUUGUGCUCGAUAUAAUGUGGGUCAUUUGUGUGAUUAUCCUGAACCAGUUUGGUCUGAACCUGCGAUUAUACAGGGAAAUACCAAUCAAUCAAGUAAUUCAGAUAAUGGUUCAUCUGGUAGUAAUGGUGGAUCAAUGUCUGCAUUCUCAGUGCAAAGAUUUCAUCCUCUGCUGCCUGUUACCUCCAAUAAUAUGGGUUCUCAAACCACUUUUCACGUUCCAACCCCUACUAUGACUAGUGCCGCACCAACAGUAAAUAAUAUCAUUAAUGAUAUACAAUCACCUCAAACUACAGGUGUUCAUUCGGAAUUGGAAGAAUUGAAGAAUAAAAUAAGAUUGAUUGAAGCUUCAUUAGAUAAAAAGUCAACUGAUCUGCCUCCAGCUCCUCAAUCUGGUAAUCAACACUUAAAGAGACAUCAUAGUCAAACCCAAAGUCAACUUCAAAAUAAAUUCCAUCAACUGCAAUUACAACCUCAGGUUCAAAUACCCACUCCUCCACCACCCCAUCCUAUAGGCUCCACUACGGCAGUGGCUUCUCCACCUCCAUUAAUGAACCAUCCUCAUAUCUAUUCAAAGUACAAUUCACCCCCUGAUUCAGCUCAUAUACCUAUCAAAUUACCUCCAAUCCAUUGGGAUCCUAAUAAAGCACAACUGAGUAAUACUGGUUAUUAUAUCCCACGCGUUGAAAAUAAACAUGAGCAUAAUUUCAACUGGGAUGAUUUUAAAUAUAAUAUAGAUACUAAUCCAACUUAUGUGGGUAUAAAUCCAUUCGGAUCAAAUGAAGAGGAAAUGAAUUUCUAUGUGGGAUAUACUCCUAUUCAUAUCAGAGAUACAUCUAGACGAAUGAAUUAUGGUCCAUUUUCUUGGUUAUCAAUUAUGAAGAAAGAUCUGGGAUUAAAGGCUUUAUGGUUAUUUAUGGCCCAAAAGAAGAGUUCAAAAGCUGAAGUGAUUCGUCAAACUAUCCGAACAGAAAAACUCCCUCUUGGAAGUCAAUUACCAAGUUUCGCUACUAAUGAGAAUUUUAAACCUAAGAAUACACCUAGUGGUAAAUCAAUGGAUUCAAAUACUAAUAAAUUGGAUCUGGAAUCUGAAUUUAGAGAAAAAGCCAUAGAUAGAGAUGGAUAUAAUGAUUUAAGAUUAUAUGGGAAUGUUCUGAAAGUGCUGAGUUCAGUCAGAGGUAAUACGGUUGAGAAAGUCACUCCCCCAGAGGAUGAAGAAGUUAAAAGACCUAAAGAUGAUAAAGUUGAUAAUGAAAGAGUGUUGAUGAAUAAGCAUGCUAUUUCAUUAGGUUUAACUGUGUUUGAAGGAAAAAUUGAUCAAGAAUUACAAUUGAUUGAAAAGAUUCAAGUCAUCCUACCUAAACAGAAAGUUAUCUGGACAUUAAUAAAUAAGUUUUUCCUUUAUAUGUAUCCAUAUAUGCCAUUCAUUGAUGAGAUUUAUUUCAAACAAGAAAUGGCUAGAAUCUUAGGUCCAGAAGGGUAUGCUGAUGAUCCAAUCCAAGCUUUGAAAGUUGAGAAAAGAUUAGAUUUCGCCAAUAUUGGGAUUCUUUUAUUGAUUUUAAGAUUCACUUAUUUAUCAUUAUUUUCGAAUAGAAAUGGAGUUAAUGAAAAUAAUUUAAAUUCAAAUGAUCCAUCUACCAAAGCCCAGGAAUUAAAAUAUCUUUUAUCGAAUCCAGUUAAUAUUGAUUUAAUUUCAAUGGCCCAAUUAUGUCUUGAUCAAUUCGAAUUAUUAAGAAAGACAAGUUUGGUGGUUUUACAAUGUGCAUUUUUCAUGAGAUUAUAUCAUAUGUUUUCACCUGAAGAUGGUGAUGGUGGGGAUGGAGGUGAUUCUCAAAUUUUCAAUGGUAUGCUUGUUCAAAUGGCUUAUUCUAUGGGGAUUAAUCGUGAACCAGAUACGUUUGAUGAUAUUUGUAAUGAUGAUAAAGUUAAUAAUCUUGGUCGUAAAAUAUGGUUCUUUUUAAUGAUUUCUGAUUUAAUUCAAGCUUAUCAAUAUGGUAAUCCUUUAAGUAUCAAUGAAAAAUAUUUUGAUACAAGUUUACCAUAUUAUAAAACGGGAAAUCAAAAUAUUAAUGAUGUCGAGAUGGAAAAACAUGUGAUUAGUACCUUUGCUUAUUUCAAUAAGUAUUAUUAUAAAUUGGUUGCCAUUCUUGAUGUUUGUUUAGAUAUUCGAAAAUUCACAAAAUUAUCUCAAUUAACUAAUCUUAUUAGUGAUUUUGAAAUUCAUUUACUGGAACAUUAUGGUACAUUAAAUAAAUUCAUGGUUCCAUUUCAAGAAGAUAAAUUUAAAUAUCCAUUUAUCAAGACUAUGAAAUGUAAGAAUUAUAUUAAUAUGAAAGGGUUCUUAUUAUCAUUAUUUUUCCAUCUUUAUUUAUAUUAUGAAUCAAAUAAUAAGACUGAUUUCUCCUACUUUUAUCUCAAGAAGAUAUUUUCCAUUUCAACGGGAGAAUUCAUUCCUAAUUAUUUCAAUUUAAUUUUGGAUAAUGAUACUAAUUUUGGUGAAGCUGCUGAUUUAAUCUUGAAUCCAUCCAUUGAAACAAUGAUUCAUAAAACAAGUCAAAUGAAUUUCGCUAUUUUAGUAAGAAUAAAUUCCACCAUUCAUAGAAUGAAAAAUGAUCCUGAUCAUGUCGUUAACUUGAGAAAUAAUUUCGUUUAUAAAUUUAGAUAUUCGAAAUUAUGUAAGAUCUCCAAGAUUUUAGAAUUCAUUACGAAAUAUUGUAUUGCGGCAUUAUCAAGAUUAAGUCAAAGAUAUUAUUAUGCCUGGAGAGUCACUAAAGCUCAUUCAUUUUUAUUGAAAUUGAUAUCCGGUGAAGAAUUAUACGUUCAUUCAAAGAAUAAUCCAAGAAUGGAAUUUUUAAAUCUUACUACUGAUCAAUUAAAUGAAUUGAUUUUUAUUCUUGAAAAUUCAGUUAAGAAAUUUGGUAAAUCAAAGAUUGGUCAUGCUAGUACCGAAUUAAUCGAUGAAUAUAAUGAAGAACUUGAUAUUUCUCAUCCAAGUACAAGAUUUAAAGAUAAUUCUUCUCUAAAUGUUAACGUGGCUAAUAAUGUUGACAAUGAUGCACCAUCAUCAUCAUCUGCUACAGCUGCCGCUGCCGCUGCUGCCACCGCUACUACAUCUGGUAGUAGUAGUGCUGGUAAUGGUGCAACCACUAAUCAUAAUGGAUCAAUAAGUAGUUCCAAAUCAUAUCAAACCACUGCCACCCCAUUCAGUCAUGCCACACAUCAUAGUAUUCCAUCAUCAGUUGAUUCUAAUAAUAAUUCCGAAUUAGAUGAUAUUCAAUUCCUUGAGAAUGCGGAGAUUGAUAAAUUAUGGUAUCAAAUGGCAAGUAUGAAGUAUAAUGGAAGUAAUGCCAGUAAUAACAAUAAUAACCCUAAUAAUGGUAUGAACAAUGAUUUCACUUCAACAUCACAUAUAAACAAUGCAGUGGAGGCCAAUACUGGACUUGGAGCAGAGAAUUUCACUAUUUCAAUCCCUACUCCACUGAUGAAUCCAUUAAGUCCUGAAAGUUUAAGUAAUCCUCAAGUUCUUAAUGGUAAUAAUAAUAAUAAUAAUAAAUUUGAUCCAGUGAUUGAUAUUUAUAAUUUGGAUGCUUUUAAUAACUUACCUAUUGAUCAAAUCUUUGGUCUUCGUAAUGAUCAAGAAUGGUAAUUGUCAGAUUCUUGUUUAUAUAUAUAUAAUACAUAGAUUCGUUUCAUAGAGAUAAUAAUAAUAAUUAUAAUAAUAAC